AUGAACAAGAUUCUAGGCACAUCAUACGAAAAUACUAUGAAGACCGCUGCAUUAGACUUCUCCCUUGCUGCAUUGGAUGACCAUGCAAGCUGGCUUACUGGUGCCGGUGCGGAAGGGUCUCCAAUUUCGUCCAAUUCAAUCUCGACAAAAGUGGCUUGGGCUCUUCGUCCAACAUCAGCUGUGGGGCUGAAGGAUUUAUAUUCAUCUGUCUUCCGUCUCCUUUUCCUUCACGACGUCGAGCGCUCUGUCCAAACAAACACCGCUCGCGAUACUCCAUCUUCACGUCGCGCCGUCCACGGUAUCCACGAGGAUUCAAACCCAAUCUCUACAGCCUCCCACUCCGUCGCAAAAAUGCGUGGUACCGUCCUCUUCGCUCUCCUCGCAGCAACAGCUAUCUCGGCCAUCGCGCCCACUCCCCCAGCAGCACCCCUUCUCUUAGCCAGACAAACCACCGCAGCGCCAGCAACGACAGCCGGACCUCUCGUCUGCUCAACCGCCAUCUCCUCAUCGGCAAAAGUAUGCUCAGUGCAAACCAUCGACAACAAAAAGACCACCUCCUGCUCCUCCGCGCUCGUCACCACCUCCGUCUGCGCCGCCGGCCUGAUCUGCUUCGAUGAAGGCCCCAACGCAGGCGACUGCAUGACCAAAGUAAACAAACUCACCACCUCCGGUCUUAUCGUCGCGAUCAUCUUCGUCGUCGGUCUCGUCGCUACAAUCGCCGUGCUCAUCGGCAUGGCAUGUGUCGAGAAAUCCAAAGCCAAGAAGAACGCCCGCGAACGUGUCGCGCUGCUGGGCGGGAACAAGAGUGCGAUGACGGAUAUUGAGACGGUGAAACCAUAUCGUAUUGGAGGCGGAGGAGACAGCGGUGCCGACGAGCCAUUGACUAAGGCUGCUGCCCCACCUGCUGCUGGACCUUCUACCGUACCGCAGAUUCAGUUACAUCAGGGGAUUGGAGCUUUGGGCGGACAUGAUGAUGAGCAUUGGAGCAAUGAUUACGCUGCUACUGGCGCGAACAACCAGAAUAGACUUUAA